AGAGCUGUGUGAGGAGGCCAUGACCCACUCAGCCAGCUCGGCCUCCAGCCUGGACAGCCAUGCCCCGUCAGAGAGCAGCGGCCAGUUGCAGGGCGUGCGCUGGGAGGAGCAGCAGAAGGUGCUGGCUCUGGAGCAGUUGUGCGGAGUUUUCAGGGUGGACCUGGGUCACAUGAGGUCGCUGAGACUCUUCUUCAGUGACGAGGCAUGUACCAGUGGCCAGCUGGUGAUAGCUAGCAGAGAGAGCCAAUAUAAGAUCCUGCACUUCCAUCACGCUGGCCUGGACAAGCUGGCUGAGGUCUUCCAACAGUGGAAGUGCUGCAGGGAAACUCAGCUCAAAGACCAGGUCUAUUAUCUCUCUACCAUUCAGGUGUCAAAUGAGAAAUCCUGCAUGCAGUUUUCCAUUAAAAGGGCCACGCUACCAUCAGCGGAGAGCCACCCAGAGGAGAAGCUUUAUCGAAGGCUGGAUGUCACCACCUGGCUACGCCAUCUCAACCACACUGGACAGGUUGAGGAGGAGUAUAAGCUUCGUAAG